AUGGUUGACGGAUGGGCUGGAAUUGCUGGAGAAGUUUUAAUGUUGAAACCACUGAUAAUCUACCACUUGAAGAAUUUCUUGUUGGUGAAGACUGAAAAAGACAGGGAAGAGGCUAUGGAUCCUGGCAGUCUUGGGUUUCACUCUGGCGAACCCCGUAUACAAUUAUAUUUUCUGCUAGGUCUUGUAUACGCAACAGUGACACCUGUUCUCCUUCCAUUCAUAAUUAUUUUCUUCGCCUUCGCCUAUGUAGUGUUCCGUCAUCAGAUCAUAAAUGUUUACAACCAAGCGUAUGAAAGUGGUGCAGCAUUCUGGCCUGAUGUCCAUGUGCGUGUCAUUACUGCAUUAGUAAUUUCGCAGCUGGCUUUGAUGGGACUGAUGAGUACAAAACAAGCUGCGCAGUCAACACCAUUUCUCGUUGCUCUUCCUGUACUCACUAUAUGGUUCCAUAGGAUCUACGAAGGACGCUACAAAUCAGCAUUUGUCAAAUAUCCAUUAGAGGAAGCAAUGAUGAAAGAUACCCUGGAAAGAACAAGGGAACCAAACUUUAAUUUGAAAGCCUACCUUCAGGGAGCAUAUGUUCAUCCAAUUUUCAAAGUUGACGACGACGACGACGAAGACGACAAUAUGAGAGGAAAGGCAGAAACCGAGAGUGUCUUAGUGCCUACAAAACGCCAAUCGCGAAAAAAUACACCAGUGCCAAGCAGAAUCAGCGGUGGAUCCUCACCGGAGGCAGUUAAAAAUGGAGAGCCAUGA